CACAAUCUGUAUAACAGUUUCCUAUGCAAUUUCAAUCAGCAGGUGCGAUUACAUAAGAAGGGAGACAGUUAUGUGGUGAAUUACUAUGGAAACCCACAUGUGAAACUUUGUCAGAACUCAGGACACAAAAUCCAACGAAUGUUGUUUCCUGACAAAAACACACGACGCGUCUACGAAUCUAUAACAAAAAAUCUUGGAUUUUUAAAUUAAAUUAUUUCAUUAUAACAAAAAAUUUACACUUUGCGCAAUAAUUAAUAUCGCAAUUGGAUAUAAUAAUGAGUGAAAUUAUCCGCAAAGAAGACAAGAAAGAAAGGCGAAUCCCGUCAUGUGAAAAAGUGCAUACUACUGAAAAUACGCACAAAAAGUCUUUAUUGAAGUUAAAGCAGCAAGAGUAUUUGAUGGAAAAGAAUCUCGCUAACUUGAUGGAGAACAUGAAACUGGAACCAGAAGUUCUACGACCCGUUUUGCAUAAAAUGAGUGACAUCUCGAAAAACAGAGAAAUUUUUCUGGGUAGCAUGAGAAGUCGUUUGGAGGAAAUUGCCGAAGAACUUCGAUCGGCAAAAUCUGCUACAGAUUGUCUCGAAAAGAUCCAGAAGUUAGAUAUAAAUGCAUACAAACAACGGCUUGUGAAAUUGUCGCAAAAAAUUCGAGACUUCAAGGAAUCUUGCCAACUGCAGAUUUUGUCGCAGGAGCAAACAACUAUCGAGUCUGAAUUACACGAAUUUGAAUCGAAUUUACAUAAGUAUGAGAGUGCAACUAAUAGCAAACCGACAUCUGUCACAUUCUCUAAUAAAGAAAAUAAAAAGUGCAAUGAUUAUAAGGGGAUCGAAGACUUCCACGCGUUAAUUACUAAAACAGGCUACACCGAUAACUGGAGCGACGAGGAUCACUCGCUGUUCUUGAAAAUGCGAAAAAAAUGUAACAGCAUCGCGGCUCUAGUGGCCGCUCUUCAAAUUAAAUGUCCGGAUUUAACUGCGGAGACCAUAGUAAAUCACGAGGCUUGGUACAAGAUUUAUCUAAACUUACGUGAGAAACAACGAUCAAGCAUUAAAGAGUGGCGCAAACAGAAAGAAAUGGAGAAGAUGAAAAACUGCAAGAGUAAAAUAGAGAUCGAAACCGUGGAAGACACUUCACAAGGAAAAACAACUUCCAAUGUCACAGAAAAACUUCCAACACGCAUGACUGAUAAAUGUGAAAGAACAAUAACGAAGACUUGCGAUUUCGUUGAUGUCAAUAACGCGGAUCGAAAGAAGGAAUUAAUAAAGCGAUGGAAAAUUGACAGAGAGAAUAAACGUUUAAUCGACGAGAAGCAAUCGAAGUUUCUGAUCGAAUCGAAACUCGUCACGUUAGAAAAACGUAAGAGAGAAAGGUGGAAGAGCAUUCAAGAAGCUUUAAAGGAGUAUCGUGAGAGAAAAUCGAUAGAAAUUUCUUCUAAAGCUUCGAAAGACAACUCGAAAACGGGACCAAAAUAUAAUCCGAUGUUGGUUAAAGCUUUUAGGAAACAAGAUGAAGAGUACAUAAGCAAAAAGAAAAAUUUGAUAGCGAGAGUAAAAAAGUCGGCUAAAAACCGAAUGGCGAAAAAGACAAGAUCACAAUUAAUGAAAAAACGAGAUUACUCGACUCUGUUAAAUUCGACUAAAGUGUGGAGAGAACGACACAGAACACAAGAUCUUAAUACGAAUGAGCCGAAAAAAUUGCAAUAUAUUAAGGACGUUCCUCGUUUAUAUGUUCGAUGGAGAAAUAAAGAAUCGACGGAGAUCAAGGAUGCCCUGGCAUUUUCUAAAAAUCGAUAAUAUUCUUCUUUUAAUCAAAGUAACAAUUAUACCUUGAAAGAAGAAGGAAAUACAAAUCGAAAACAUUGAUUACCAAAUACAAAAACAUAGGUGAUAAUAUAUAUAUAUAAUAUGUAUAAUGCUAUAAUACACAAGUGUGUCUCAUAUCGCGCCGAGUACGACAGUCUGUUCGACGGUUCGCCCGCUAUAUUUUUAACUUGCUCUUUUUAUCAAUUAUUUUACUAUUACUAAUUACUAUAUUUGUUUACAUGUCACGGGUUAAUCCUACGCGACGCGAUAUGAUGGCACUUUCGUUCUUUGUGAGAAUAUGCGCGAAGACCUUAAAACGCACUCUUCUCUUCGUUUAGACAAUACAUAUAUAUGUAUAUGUAUAUCUAUACUUUUUUUAUUUAUUUAUAUAUAUACGUAGAAAUAUAAUUAUUUAGAAUUUAUAAUGCGCACCGCCUAGAAGAGUUUGUUUAUUGUAACAAAUAAUAAUCAUAUUUAACGCACACUCUCUUUCAGUUAUAUUCUCAUUCGACAUACAUGUCAUUCGAUUAAUUAUAACGGUUGCUGUAAUUUCUUUAUCACUAACUUCCCCGAAAUCUAAACGAUAAAUAUGUACACGUGUGAACAUUUGUACAGCGUUGUCAUCUUUUCAUUUUCAAUAACGUAUCAUUCUAACAUUCGUUUGCUCAGUCAAUGCAAAAGUUCGCGUGUAAUUACGCCCGAUUUUAUACGCUACUUUCUAAUGUUCCUUGCUUCAUUAAUGAUAACUUUAUCAUCUUUGUGAAUAAUAGUGAUUCUUCUCGAUAUUUGUUUCGCAACAACGCGUGUCUUUUCUUCUUAGAUAAAAAUUGCGACUCUUGAAUAUGAAAAUCCAAACAUCGAUUAAAAUUGUUACAGAAAAUAAUUUUAAUUGAACAAAUCUGUAUAAUACUUUUUUAACAAACGCUUCGAAAGAAUAUCUUACAAAAAAUGAAAGAUUGUCACGAAUUAUAUAUAUACAUACGCUGAUAAAAUAAGAAUCUGAAACAAAAUGUUUAAAUUCUUCCGAUUGUAUUUAAAGAUAACGUUAAAAUGAUAAAUUUAGCGAUAACGUUGAAAAAAAAAAGCUCUCGGCGCGCAGGAAAGUUUUUCUCGUGAGAGGGAAAACGCAUAAGUUAUUGAUAAAUUUUAUUAGAAUCUUUACAUUCGUAAAUUAUUUACAGAUAUAAUUGCAUAUGUAUAUAGUACUAUGUAUAUAUUCAUAGUUAUAUCGUUAAGGUUUAGAUUUAGAAAAGAGACUUUCUCGAAUUUUCCGUGACAAUACUGAGGAGGCUGACUUCGGAAGAAACUUUCCUACUACCGAGAUCGCACGAAAUCAUACAGCUCCCAUUUUAAAUGUUUUGGCUUUUUUACAUUUUCCAUAAAGAAUACGCUUUCAUAUAAACGCGCAGUAGAAAAACAUACAAAAGAACCACUAGUAUUCUUAUAAUCAAUAUCAUGACGGAUACGAUACCAUGUUUAAAAAUCGUCUUCAUAUAAUCGCCGAGUAAACUAAUCUCUUGUCCAGUUUUCUUUUUCUUUCGUGAAUAAUUUAAUUUUUCUUGUUAAAUCGCGUCAGAUUUGUAAAUAUUUUUGCAGACUUUUUUUAUGUUUUUAAACAUAAGUUAUUACUAAAUUCAAAAAUAACUAAAGAAAAUCGGGUAAUCUUCUGCUUUUUCUCUUACAAGACUCGCCCGUAUGCAUAUUUCCUAAAGAUAAACAAUUUAAUAAGAAUCUGAUUAAUAAAUUAUUUCUUCCGGUAAAUUUUCGCAAAGAAAAUUGUACAAGAAACAAUCCUCGCUUAAAUUCUAACAUUGCACGCUUCGGGAACGGUACAAAUUUGAAAACGAGAUUUUAUAGUUUAUGUGUGCAGAUUGUUUUAUAUAGUGCGCGUUUUGCAAGAAGAGAAUCUAGUUCCUUCGCGAUCAAGUCUGUCGCGGCAAAAACUAAUUUUUUGAAUUGAUAAAUAAUAAUAAUAAUAAUGAAAUAACGGGAGUAAGGGAAUCUCCUUAUAAAGCUUGAUAAGUUACGAAACUAAUAAAUUAUAAUAUUAUUUUUAGAGACUUUAAAGCAGAAAAUUUCGGGUUUUAUUGUUUACUCCGAAAGAUUCUAAGAUAAACAACACUUCUUUUCCAAUUUUGUAACUUUUAGCGAAAGAAAAUUAAAGAAAUAAAUUGCGAAUAGUUAUAAAAAGCGAGAACAAAAUUAAAUCAAGCUUCCAAUUCUCAAGAAUUAAGAAAACUUUAUAACAAAUAAUGAUUUUAUGCCAGAUUUGCGCAUAUUGCUUAGAAUAACAAUGACAAUUAUUAUAUCGAUUUGUUCACGUCUUGCUUCUUUCUCGAAUUCGAUAGUCAUUGUUCAUAAAAAUCUGGUGUGCAACGCAGUCUUUUAUAUGGAGUUUCGCGGUAUUUCAAAUUUGCAUCAAACACGAAGCAAGUUAUUUCUUUUUAAAAGAAAUCCGAGAAACACAGUUAAUAACCGAGAAUUUUACUAAUCUAAACGUCAGAAACGCACGUGAUCAAAUUUGCUAAACAUAUCUGCAUGUGCAAAUAAACUUUCUUCAGAAAAUAAUCACAUCGUGCAAAAAUUUAACGAAUUCUGGCACUUGCAGAAAUAUAUAAUUUUAUAUCAUUGCACUCUUUAUUUGUAGAAUAUAAUUUUGACAAUUGUCUGGAAAAUAAGAGAUAAAAGCGUGAAAAAAGCUUUUUUCUGCAGCAAAAUGUCCACGUGCGCUUCAAAGAUCUACGCGUAUCCUUAAAUCUAGACGAAUGAAUUCAUACAUUUUUUACUGCCAGUUUUAUUGAUGUGAUAUAGACGAGUGUACAUCUGGACCUCGGUAAAGCGCGAGUAUAAUCGUAAAUCAAGGGUAUGAAAGAAUGUACUUUCUAGAUUCUGCGUUCGUUAAUAUAGUUAUCAAAUUCGCACAGUUGUAAAAAUUUACGCCUCGUAGUCUCUUGUGAUCGAAUGUAAAUGCAUCGCGUUAUCAAUGUUCAGAUAAACGUCUCUGUCGAAACACAAAGGAAUAAUGUUCUUUCCAUGGAAAAAAAAAUCACGGGGUUCGCAAUUGAUAAAACUUGUUAGAAAAAUUUGAUAGUUGUACGCAAAGUCGAAAAUUAUAAUUUUUCUAAUUUAAUUGAAAGAAUUUGAAAUUAACGUAGAAAUGAUAGAGAAAACUAAAUAGAUUCUAAUACAAGUUGGUGUUUAAUACUUUUCUUUUAUAAUUUAAUAACGAAUCUGUCUCUUUUUCCGAAAAAAAAAUUAUUCGCAAGAUAUUUAUGCAGAAUCUCAUAUGCAAUAAACAUUUUCUUCAAUAUCUUAAAUCUCAUUUUUUGUGAAAAAAGGAAAAAGAAACUCGUAUCAUUGUGUAAAUUGUAUUUCAAUGUGUAUUAGUAUCCAUUCAUUUUCUUCUCUAUGUAUUCUUUCUUCUUUCUAGGAUAAAGACCUCAUAUAAUCGAUAAUUGCCAUUAGCAAAUUUCCCAAAGCGUCCACUACAGGAAGAAAAAAAAAAAAAA